UAGAAUUGUGAUCGACAUUUAGGCUAACGUAGGAGGAAGACUUAAAUGUGAUCUUUUUUCCGAAUGUUCACGCAUGAGAAUAAUUUCUAAGCUGAGGUAGACUGAUGCCAUAUCUGCAUAAUAAUCAACGGAGACAGUUUUAAGUCGUUGCAUUUCUUGGGCGUGAGAAACACCUAACGACGCCAUAUUGAGAACGUUUGUGGCAUAUUAAUUGAUCCGUGCUAUAUGUCACUGGAGAGCUGCAUGUUGAUAUCAAUCUGAGUUAGACAUAUUGAAGACCAUGGGUUGCUGCUGUUCAGCUGACGAGGAACCAACGCUGGGAGAACACUCCAGCUUGCCUGAUGACGUCAUUCCAUACAAGGGCGCCGUCUUGCAAUAUGCCUUUGUCGAUAUGAAGGUCAUCGGAACAAUGUUCAUGGGACGUUACCUAAAGACAGACUUGGUGCCGCACUACGCUGCCUUCGAGGGGCCUUACACCCAAGGGUUUCGUGUUGUCGGACUGAAGACUGUCCCUGGAACCUUUGAGAAGCUACGGGUUCAGUACGGCAGGGAGAGACGGUACUACAUCCCUAUACAGGCAGCCUUUAUUCGUCCUGUGGGCAGUCCAGUAGCUCCUAUAGGUCGAGUAAAGAUUGUUCAGACUGCCAUAGAAUUCAACGAGUCUGUCUCGCCAACAAACCAAGAAGUUGUCCAAGUCACCAGUGAGGUCGCUCACCUGAGGGAAUUUGAAGCAACGAUUGAGGAGAAUGGUCGGGAGGGUUUUCAGCUUGUCUCUUUUGAACCAAGUGGUUACAGGAAGAAAACAACCAACGUUAAAGAAACAGUUCUACAGAUGGACCUCAUUUUCCAUCGGCCAUACCAAUCUACUUCCGGGUCAUUCAUGUAUCAAUCGGUCAUCAUUCCUGUAUCUUACUCGGCUGUCGGGGCUAUGCCCGUGUCUCGCCGUCAAGUCUACGAAAUAGCCAACGAUGUGACGCCACAUCUGAUUGAAAUCCUGCAGCAGGGGUGGAAGAUAGUAGAUACUAACUACCUCAGCUCACAUCUUCAAGGCCAAUUUCGACCCGCUGCUCGGAACUUGACGUUUAACACCAUGUGGGUCUUCGAGAAGCCCUCUACGGCAGCCAAUGAUCUUCAACCUCGCUGGGAAUGUACUAUCAUCAAGUACAAACAUGUCGUGAAGUUGGCUUGUAACCGUAUGAAAACAACCACCACCUGGACGCCUUUACUUGUCGAGAUGGGUCACCGUGGUUGGGAGCUUGCGUGUAUCCUGGACACGGCUGAAUCAACGAGAGAAGGGCGAUUGGGUAUACGGCAGACCUUACUCAUGGUGUUCCAGCGCCCUCUAUUAUAAACAAACUUAUAGCCACCAUUGUAGUGCAUAGUUUGACACGGCUGAAGCGGCGAGAGUAGGGAGAAUGGGUGUACGGCAGACCUUCUUAUAGUGUUCCAACGCCCUCUACUAAAACAUUAAGAGUAAAUAAAACAAGAAGCUUAUGCUACCAUUGUCAUAAAAGUUGAUUUUAACCUGCUAGAAUCUUGAACACGAAUGAAGCAAUCAGAGAAUAUUUUGGAGAUUUUUCCGAUAAUUUUUCGAUGAUAUUAGGUGACAUGAUGAUGUACUUAACAUGUAAAAAAAGGUAUUUGAAACAUUUUCAAACCACUGCCUUUAUUUUUGUAAUGAUAUGGAUAUUCUCGUGUUUACGUUUUCCUCAAAGGUUCAUUGACGUACAUGUACAAGGCAAAUUCCUGGUAGAUUUCGCUAGAACUAUUUUUACAAACAUACAUGGUGAAUUCCUUGUAUGCUAUUUUUAACACCUGUUCCGAGACGUUGCGCUCUUAAUUUUUGCUCUACUUUUUCGGCUUGGCCGAUUGAAUUAGGUGUCGCUCGGCGUGUCGCCACAGUUGACUUAAAUUUAAUUAGGCAAAUUUGGGAAAUAGAUUUGUAUUACAAUUGGAAGGGUUUUUCCUUGUUGCCGGGUCUGUUCACACUAUCGAAAUAGUAUGAGAGAGGAAGUGAGGAUUACAGGUGUGUAAUAGCCAGAAGCAUGUGGGCUCGCUAGUGUGGACGGACAUAGCAACAUUUAUCCCUUUUUAUAUUCAUUGAAUUAAUUUCCAGGGUUGUUGGGUCUCCGGGUGAUUUGCAUCUCUUGUUUGAAAGAUUAGAAUGUAAGAGACACAGGUGGGUGCGUGAAAGAAGUAUGUGAGGAAUAGAGAUGCGGAUCAUCCGGAGCGCCUUAUAUCCGGGGGGUAAAUUCGCCAAGAAAUAUAGGACCUUUUAAUACGGAAACUAAUUAUGGGUGGAUUGAUAUUACGCAAAGCGUCUGUGUGACACGCCUCAAUUUUUGGGAGGACGAGGCGUGUCAGUUCGGGGGGG